AUGUCUCCCAUUAUGGCACGUGCCAGUGCUCCCAAUGCCACGACAUUGUCGCGAUACCAUGCUACACCAGACGCUGCGCGCGGCUUCUGCACCAAUUGCGGAAGCUGGCUCUUUUGGCGCAGUGAAAAGUCGAACUCAAUGAGCAUGUCGGUUGGAACCUUCGACCAAGAAGAACUCAAGCAGUGGGGCCAGAAGUUGGCCUACUCAGAGGUGCAUCUGUGGUCUGAGGAUGCUAUCGAGGGCAUAUCCGAUCAUUUGCCUGGGGAGAAGUGGAAGUAUCAUGACAAAGGGGAGGGCAUCGAGAGAAUCGGAUAG